AUGACCAACUCAAGCACUAGGCCUUGUCUGAGGCUGGGUAUUGGUCCAUUUAUGCCGUAUAUGUACGUGGACGGUCCGGACGACAACCCUAUUGUGACAGGCAUCCUGCCAGCGAUCUUGGACAUUAUCUUCAACCACCUGGGAUAUUGUUACGAGUAUGUGACGGUGCCCAGUCGCUCAGGGGGUUUCAGACUACCCAAUGGCUCGUGGACAGGUCUCGUUAACAUGCUUUUACAAAAGGAGUUUGAUAUGUCCGGCCUCCCCUUAGCCCUCACCCACGAGCGAUAUCAGGCCCUGGAUAUGACCGAAUUCUUGUACAUCGAAACCUGGACAGCGGGCUUCAAGAGACCGGUCGUGCAGUCGGAUAUCAGCGGCUUCGUCAAACCUUUCUCGGAAUAUGUUUGGUUGUUCAUCGUAGCAGCAAUAUUAGGUGUGUUGGCAACCAUCUGGAUCGUCUACACGUCCCAUGAGUCAAUCGUGAAAUCAAAAAAUAGAGGCGGAAGAGCUGAAAGUGAUCACGAGGGAACACCAAACGUCACACAGGAGUCUGUGCUUUGGACAAUUGCUUUGUUUUUGGCUCAGUCCGUCACCAAGUUGCCUCGUGGGAACUCAGUGCGGGUCAUGACAGGGGUCUGGCUCCUGGUCUCGCUCAUCCUCACCACCGUCUACCGCUCCAACCUCAAGGCCAUGCUCAUCCUGCCGAAGGUCGUCCUCCCCUUCGACAGCCCCGAGGAACUGGCGGAGUCGAGGAUCCCCACUUGGAUACCGAGAGGCUCUGCGAUGCACACUGCUGGCUUGAAAAGUGACAUAUCCCCUCCUGGCUCAGCACUGGCUCGAGUCCUUCAGCAUUCCAUCAGCCUCGACCAGUCCAUGGACAUAUCAUGGGGAGUGAGGGACAUGAUAGCAGGGAAGCAUGCCAUGAUAUCUCCCCGGGGAUCACUUAUAACCAUAAUGCACGACACAUUUUCCAAGACUGGACAAUGUUUUUAUUACGUCAUGUCUGAAGAUCUCCUGGGGACGGUGCAGCUCUCAAUUCUACUACGGAAGGAUUCACCUCUCAAAGCAGAGUUGGAUCCCAUAAUUCGGCGCCUCCGCGAGUUCGGGAUCCUGGACCACGAGUACAAGAAGCAAGUCGCCAACGCCACCGAGUGCCUCAAGCCCAUCGGGUCCCAGGGCGCCAGGCAGCUCCGGCCCCUCGAUCUCGGCGACUUCUACGGCGUCUUCAUGCUGUACGCUGGAGGUGAGGACGUGCCUGAGCGCUAA